AUGCCCGCCUUCGCACAACCGGCUCUUGGGUCCCCCAAGCCUCUCCUGCCCCGUAUAGAUACGAUGAACACACGCCCCGAACACGAGAGGAACCCGAAAACCUUCAACCCUGCAAACGAAUCGGUCGAAGGGCGUCUGGUAUGGGCCAUUGGAGAUAUUCUGGGAAUAGACUCAACCUCAAUUCAGAUGGUGGAUUCCUUUACAGAUCUCGGGGGUUGCGAGAGGACGGCUGCCCGCUUAAGCACCACUUGCCGGGACUUGGGCUUGGAGGUUGAUACCAGCGACAUUCUAAACUGUUAUACGCUUGCAGAGUUGCAAACUCGCAUAACACCAUGUUCCCAAGAGGUGUCACCCCAAAACGUCACUGCCAGCAACUCGCUGGCAAUAGAGCCGCUCAAGCUCCGAACGGAUAACCUGGCACCCUCACAACCUCGUUUCUCAUCCACCUCAGUAGUACCGUCGACAGCCGUCUCCGAAGUUCACUUUGACCAUGAAAGUUUUAUUUGCGACGAGGAAUCUGUUUCUAGGGCUGUCAUCAUAAAACCAAGGGCGGGAUUCUUCGAUGGUAAGCAGGUUGUUUUUCUUUCGCUUGCUGGUCUCAAGGUCCCUGGAACGCCCACGUCCGAUAUCGAAGUUAUACCGCAGACCAAGAUGUUUCUUGCCGGAACCAAAGUCGCAGCGAUAAGGCACGACCUCGAGGCAGCCGCUAUCGCCACCGACCUACCGGAUAUCUGGAUUGUACUUCGGCAAUUGCCCGUAACGGAACACGGGGCGCUCGACCGGAGAAAGCUACGCACUUGGCUUCAGAAUAUCAACCAAGAGACGUACCAACAAAUCAUGAGCUUGGACACGGAGGAGACUUUGCAACAACCCUUAACAGAUAGUGAAAGGGCUCUUCAGAAGGCCGUCAGCAAUGCUUUGCAAGCUCCACGUGAGGAAAUCGGCAUGAACUUCUCAUUUGCCCAACUGGGUGGAGAUGAAGUCACUGCGAUGCAGGUGGUGGCCAGGUCCAAGGCCGACGGCAUUUUCCUCAGCGCAACCGAGCUCCUGCAAAAUAGCUCUUUGGCACAACUAGCCGCCAUGGCAACAUCGCGCGGGGAGAUGCCUCGUGGCUGGGAUGGGGAGCCGGAGGGGGAGCAGUUUGACUUGUCACCCAUGCAGCAGCUCUAUUUCCUGACCACCAUGGGAGGCGACUGUAGAUAUCGUAUGGGCAAGGACGGCAGCUACCGCUACAACCAAAGUCUGUUGCUCCGAGUGAAGAAGAGCUUUGGGUUUGAUGAUAUAUCAGCGGCAGUCCAGGCGUUAGUUGGGCACCAUACCAUGCUGCGCUCGCGAUUCUUCCGGACCGCCGAAGGUGGAUGGACCCAGAGAACCGUGGCUCCGUCCAAAAACUCUUACGCCAUGCAAUUCUCCACGAUAGGCAACAACAAAGAACUCGAGAUUGUCAUAGCGAGGAGCCAAGCCAUGAUUGACAUCGAGAGCGGCCCCGUUUUUGCAGUCGACCACAUCCAGACGACAGACGACUACCAAAUGAUAUACCUGGUUGCACAUCAUCUUGUGGUGGACUUGCUUUCUUGGAGAGUAAUUUUGGACGAUCUUAACGAGCUUCUGAUGAGCGGCAGCCUUCUUUCGCACCGCUCAAUGCCCUUCCAGAAAUGGAACGAGCUCCAGAAGAAAGAGAUCGAGCAGACGGAGAUCACCAGCCCCUUGCCAGCAGGCACACCAGUCGGUAACUACGCUUAUUGGGGACUGCAAGACGUCUCCAACACCUACGCUGACGCUUCCGAGCUCGGAUUUUCGCUAAGCCCAGAGUUGACCACUAUCCUCCAAAGCACAUGUAACCGUGUUUUCCGAACUGAUUGUGCGGACAUUUAUUUGGCUGCCCUUCUGCUUUCCUUCUCCCAAACUUUCCACGACCGCUCAGUACCCGUGAUCUGGAACCAGGAACACGGCCGAGAGGUUUCCGACCCGGCCAUCGAUAUUUCUGAUACUGUGGGGUGGUUUACCACUCUUAGCCCGGUCGGCUCAGUCUUGGCUGGAACUCGAAACGAUUUCAUUGACGUCCUACGCCGACUCAAGGAUGUACGCCGGGCGAUGCCUAGGCGCGGCGCGCAAUACUUUGCCUCUAAAUUCUUCAAAUUCGGCGGGCCGGACCUGUUUACCGAAGAUUGGCCAUUCGAGCUGAUCUUCAAUUAUGCUGGCUCGCUGGAGCGUCUUGAGGAAAGCAACGGCGUCCUAGAGCAGAUUCCCUUCCCAGGGCGGACGCUGGCGUCCAGAACAUCCAACAUUGGCCCCAACGUCGGCCGCAUCGCUCUCUUCGAGGUUAGCGCUAUGGUAUCGCAGGGCUCGGCACACGUCAAGCUUGUCUACAACAGGCGAUCGCGCCACCAGGACCUCAUCGCCCAGUGGAUCCAGAAUUUCGAGCACCUGUUGCUUGAAGCCAUCGGCCGACUUCGUUACCAUACUCAGGAGCUGACGAUGGCGGAUGUGCCACAGCUGGAUGUGACCUACGAUGGCCUACGCAAGCUCAACUAUGAGCGCACGUCGUUGCUCAACUUGAGUAGCGUGCGAGAUAUCGAGGCUGUCUAUCCAGUGACGGCCGUCCAACAAGGCAUCUUGGUGAAGCAGGCAGUCGACCAGGAAGCCUCAUACCUGCAUGCCAUCUACGAGUUUUCAUCCCCAAUGGGCCAGCCAAUCAACAUAUCGCAGCUCUGCGCCGCAUGGCAGAACGUCACUACAAAACAUGCCGCCCUUCGUACAGUAUUCAUCGACAGUGUGACCGAGACCGGUGUGUAUGAUCAGGUCGUUCUGCGGAGGACAUCUCCAAACAUGCUCUUUAUCGAUGUUGCCUCCGGCGAAGACCCGAGAGAGUCUUUGGAGAAUCUCCCUGCGCUACCCGGCAGGACUUCUGGCCAGCCUCAACACAGGUUGGCAGUUUGCAACACACCCACAAAGACGCUGGUAAAGUUGGACAUCAGCGAAGCCCUCUGUGACCCCCAGAGUCUUAACGUCAUCUUUCUCGAUCUCCGCCGGGCGUACACCACCAACCAACCACUUCCUGAACCCACCGGCCUUACUUAUCCUGACUAUUUGAAGUUUCUUGAAUCUGCCCGUACCAGCCAGAGCCUCGAUUUCUGGAUCGGCCGACUUUCAGGCGCCGAAUCUUGCCUGUUCCCGCGACUGACGCAAGAAUCUCCGAGGCGCGUCUUUGAGAACUACAGUUUCGAUCUUGAAGUUGACGGCAGUAGUCUCGUCGAGUUUGCCAGAUCCAGAAACGCUACGCCUGACGCUGUCUUGCGGCUUGGUUGGGGCCUGGUACUCCGCGUCUUUUCCGGCAAGGACAAUGUAUGCUUUGGCUACCGCGCCACCGGACGUGAGGCUGCUUCUGGCGGCCCAAGCAUGCGGAAUGCCGUUGGAUGCUUCAGCAAUACGGUAACUUGUAACUUUGAUCUGUCGCCUUACAAUGCUCUUGCAAACGUCUUGGCCAUCGUAGAGGAACAGUACGUCGCCAGCCUGCGCCACCAGCAUGUGUCUAUCCCAGAGAUCCACCAUGUUCUUGGCAAACGUGGCAAUGAUCAGCUCUUCAACUCGGUAGUAUCUUUCACGAACGAACCUUCGGAGCUCCGAAGCCGACACACGGGUCGGACCGACUUUGAACUUAACAACGUAUCUCACAGAGAGACAUCCUGCUAUGAUUUGGCCAUCAACGUUCGGUUCGGUAGUAGCAGACUUGUGGUCGACAUUGGUAGCAUGUCACUGGUUGGGGAAAGGGAGGCCGCCAACAUCGCAAACACGCUCAGCAAAGCUCUUCGUACCAUUAUGGAGAACCCUGCAUCUUCCAUCCAUGGGAUCAAUCUUUGUACCGACCGCGACUACGCACAGGUUGUCGCAUGGGCAAACGAAAGAGCUCCACCCGAGCCUAGAGUUGCCGUGGUGCAUGAGCUUGUGGAGACGAAUGCUCGCAGCAACCCCCAUGCCAUGGCCGUGUGUGCCUGGGAUGGCCAGCUUACCUACGGCAAGCUCGACGAUCUGUCCACACGGUUGGCUCAGCGAUUGUCCGAGGCCGGCGUCACCACCGGGGUCACUGUGCCUCUAUUGCUGCAGAAGAGCGUCUGGUCGCCCGUUGCCAUGCUCGCGGUUCUCAAGGCAGGUGGGGCAUUCGUGCCCAUCGACUCUGGUGAUCUCAGCCUGAUCCAGCCCAUCUUUGAGAACAUCAGCUCUAGGGUGGCUAUUGAGUGUGAGAACGCUGGGGGCGUGCUCCGCAACCUUUUUGACAGCGUCAUCGUCCUGAACAGCGAGCUUAUGACACAGCUAAAGCUGCAGGCCCCUCGCCAUGUCGAAUCCUUAGCAACAGAGGAUGAUGCGGCUUGCGUUUUCUUCACCCCAUCCAACUCAAGAGAAGUCAGGGGCACUGCUUUCACCCAUGGCGCUUUGUCCAUCGCGCUUCUCACUCAGGGACCUGCAGCCAGCAUCAACUAUGGCAGCCGCGUGAUGCAGCUCUCGUCAUACAAUAUCGACAUUGCCAUUUCAGAGGUGUUUGCUACACUGGUAAAUGGUGGAUGUGUUUGCAUUCCGACUGAAACGGAGCGGGUAUAUGACUAUGUUGGAGCUGUCCGGCGGAUGGAAGUCAAUUGGUCAUACAUGACGCCACACCUGUCUCGCAAGAUCAACCUGGAGCACCUGCCCAGCCUCAAAACUGUAUGCUUUAGGACGCGUUCUCUGGACGAGGAUACAUAUGCCCCUUGGGCCGGCAAAAAGAAGGUGCUAUUCGCGUAUGGCGCGCUGGAUGUCUGCCCUCUCGGCAUUUCAUUCCUCGAGGUGCAUGGGCCGCAUCAACUGGACCGCAUCGGCACACCGCUUGCAGGCAACUUCUGGCUCGUUAAUCCUGAGGAUCACCGCAAGCUUAUGCCGAUCGGCAGCAUUGGCGAGCUUGUCAUUGAAGGACCAACUCUGGGGUGCUCUUUCGCGCGGGGUCAGAUGGACCGGACACACUGGAACGCCGCCGAGUUCUCCGACUCGGCCCCUGGCAAGAAGACUAGGUAUUUCAAGACCGGACACCGCAUGCGUUACAUGGACGGCGGCGCUCUGCAGCUCGUAUCGCACAAAAGAGAUGAUAUCGAGAUCGACGGCAGCAUGAUUGUACUUUCCGAAGUGGAACAAAGCCUUCGCAGUUGCCUUGGUCAGGGAAUGGAUGUUGUGGUCGAGGCCAUUGCCUUCAAGAACUCCACAACGCCUCCGGUACUGGCUGCGUUUGUUGAGCUUGGCUCAAUGUUUGAUGGACCAGAGGAUCUGCAUCGGUUAAGUCAUGUGACAAGAGAGCGCAUCUUCAAGGCCAAGCGAGUGGCCGAGACUGGUAUGCGCAGCAAGGUUCCCCAUUACAUGAUCCCCCAGAUUUUUGUCCCGGUGAAAGACUUGCCAAUCACUCCCUCGCUCAAGGUCAACCGCCGCAGGCUGCAGAAAAGCAUUCAUGGGCUGUCGCGAGAACAACUGAUCCAACUCUCGAGCGUCCCCAACCCCGAUGAAGUGCAGACUGUCGGUACCACGUCUCUGCCUCUGACGCAAACUGAGGAACGCAUGCGGAGGAUCUGGGCUCAUGUGCUGAAUAUUGAGGACGAAACCUACAUCUCGGCUGCUGAUGGCUUCAUCAAGGCUGGCGGUGAUGAUAUUUUGGCUGCUAAACUAGUCGUGUGUUGCCGUCAGGAGGACAUCGCCAUUUCCAUUGCUGAUGUCUUGCGGGAUAUGCCCCUAAACGACUUGUGCCGAUCGGUUACCGGAGGAGACUCACGAUCCAACCUGCAGUCUUUCUCUGCAGCUUCCUCCACGUCGACCAGGUCAGCCUCGACAUCCCAGGCCGGCUCGGAAGAAACAACGCCAACUCAAAACAACCCGCAUACCGCCGCUGCUCCUGCAGUCGUCGACCCAGAAAAAAAGGCCCGCGAUGACCGUCUCAAGGGAGUGCUGGCAACCAAGUUAGGCGUGGAAACAAAGGAAGUCAAGGAUGUUGCCGAAGCUUCGUCGAUGCAAUCACGUUAUAUCGAGUCCGGUAUGCUCCGUGGUCGUGCCAACAUCAACUACUUUGUGUUCUCUUUCCACGGCGCCGUGGACCACCGGAAGCUUGAGGAAGCCUGCCAAACGCUCAUCGCUAUUCACCCUAUCCUUCGCACCGCCUUUGUUCCGUACAAGCGCAGAAUGUACCAGGUUGUGCUCAAGACACCUCCGGCAGACUUUAACCGUUACCUCUGCCCGAGCUGGCGCUUGGCUGCUUUUGCCGAAAAGGUUGUCAAGAAAGAUCAAAGCACACCGAUUGCCUUUUCUGCACCCAUGACCAAAUUUAUCCUCUUGGAUGGUGGCAAGCAGUCAACUCUACUCCUGCGACUUUCCAAGGCACAGUAUGAUGACUUGUCGGUUGCCUUGCUCGUCAAAGAUCUCAAGAAGCUGUACGAUGGCGCCCAAAACCCGCCGCGUCGUCCAACAUAUGCCGAGUUUAUACGCUGCGCUCACAUUGCCAACAAGCAAGGAGCAGAGGAAUACUGGAAGCUCCUUCUCGAUGGUGCAAACAUGACCAGGGUUGUGGCACACUCCAAACCACACCAGCUAACCAACCACGUCAAGACGAUCCGUCAGCGGAUCGCAGUGCCUUCACUAGCACACCUUGGCAUCUCAUUUGAGACCAUCUUGAAGGCUGGCUGGGCGAUGACACUUGCGGAGCUUUCCGGCACUGCCGAUGUUGUAUUUGGUGAGGUCGUCGACGGCCGUCAAAUCCGACUCUCUGGAGGACAGUCAGUCGCCGGUGUGUUGGGCCCCACGGCCAACACUACAGCCGUCCGCGUUCGUUUCCCGGAGGGAGAUGGUCGUCUGUCGCCACUGGACCUGCUGCAGUAUGUGCACGGGCAGCGUAUCGCAGGGAUUCCCUUUGAGAACUUUGGAUUCCUCGAUCUUGUCGAGCGCUGCACAUCCUGGCCAUACUGGAUGCGCUUCAGCACUGUGGUCCAGCACCAGUACGAGGAGACGACAGUCGUGCCAUCCGAGUCGAAGCUCUUCCACCUAGGUAAGGGCGGCGAUGCAGGUGCACUCUGCAAGUUCACCAUCAUUGAGAGUCGGGCGCAGGAUGUGCCUGACAUGUUUGUCCAUUCAAUGGCUCGCGGUGGCAUCACGGUGAACGACAAUAGUAAUAUCGAGCUCAACAUCACUUUCUGCGAGAAUAGGAUACCUCUGAGCUUUGCAGAGGAGACACUACGCAUCCUGAUGGGCAAUGUGGCUGUUCUUACUUCUGGCUCCAUCAUGCACGUUGUCAUCCCGUCCGCCGCGCAGUACAAGUCGAAGCGCCCACAGAUCCCCCUACCGCAGACUCCAUCGACAACUUUGACCCCGAGCUCGCCAGUCACGCAUCGUUUCCCAGCUAGCGAUAUGGAAGCUGUCAAGAGGGUCAUUUCCAAGUGUUGGGCUGCGGCAUCGCUGGAUCCUUCCUCGCUGGGUGUCCCAGAAGAGCACCGUGAACACGCAGCAUUUUAUGAUCUCUGGGGCUCGCUGGUGCCGGCCUCGCAGCUGGCAUCUUUCUUGACCCGUGAAAUUCCUAAGCUCGGCCUACUUGGAGUUGGUGUCGACUUUGGGAUCACGAUGGAGGAGAUUGCUGAUAACCCCACCAUGGCUCGACAACUUGAUUUGAUAGUUCGCAAGACGGCAUUGGCACUGCCCAAAUCCGCUCCACUUCCGUCCUCGCCGUCGCAUAAUCGCCAGGCCCAUAGCUACCACUUGUCGCUUGAUUCUUCCAAGAAGGUUGCGGCUCCGCUGAGCUCCCCGAGUCGCAACAUUGCGUCGAAGGCGGUCUCGAAAUUGACAAGCAAGCUCAAGGGCUCCUCUGCUGACAAGGAGACUUCUCAAAACGGGUCAAAGCUUCCCAAGCGGCAAGACCAACAGAUACCAUACUCGGCUCCUCCUUUCAAGUCAUCCUUCGAUGCUUCAGCGCGGACUCCAUCGCCGCCUCGCGAGCAACCUUCUGUGCCUCCUACUGUUGCAGAGUCACCUCGUAUUCCGUACUCUGCCCCCUACUCUGCCCAAGACGAACUGGAGCGCCAGCUUGACCGUGUGUUGAAUGAAAUAACCGCUGCCAACGAGAACGCGCUCAACACAAGCAGAAGCACCAGGAACGCUUCCAUCGACAACGGUGGCGUACAGAUGCAGCGCGGCGGCAGCACAGGCACGUAUAGCUCGGGCGUGGACAGCCUUACCGAUAGCAGCAGCGCGACGACCCACAGCACAACCUCUUCAGACUUUGAAAAUGCCGUAUACGCCAGCCUGCCCGGCUACUUUGGCGGUGGCAGUAACAUGAGCAUCCAAAAGGCCCCGAUCGUGUCACCGGCGAGUAGCACAGGACGCACGCCCCGUACUCCGCGGUCAACCCAAUCUAGACAAAAGUUCUACGGCCAAAACAUCGCCAUCAAGCCCCUCCCACACACCAUCCCCGAAGGUGGCGUCGAUGACGUUGUCAGCCCGUUGAGUCCGCCUCAGGGGCACAGGAGGUUCUUUAGUGCCGGUGGUGGUCAUUCCAGAUAUCACCACCAGAGGGGUGAUUCGUCACUCGUGACGCCAAUCUCUACCCAGGGACCACCCCCACCUUACAUGGAAUAUACCCGCCGAGGCUGA